AUGGCCGCACCCAAUUCACGUGAUGGCCCAACUUGCCACUUCCUCUCCAAAGGAAACGCUACCCGCCGCCGACCGUAUAAAAGCGAACCCGUCCGCGUGCCACGAGCGGGGGGAGUCAUCGGCGACCGCGGAAGAGGGCGGAGAGGGGAGAGGUCGCUGGUCGCAGUUGCCAUGGUCUCGGGGUCGGUGGUCUGUGCGCAGUGGGUGGUGGUGGACCCGCGCCACCACAUGCUGGGGCGGUUGGCGUCGUUCUUGGCGAAGGAGCUGCUCAACGGGCAGCGGGUCGCGGUUGUCCGCUGCGAGGAUAUGUGCCUCUCCGGUGGGCUCGACCGCCAGAAGAUAAAGUACCUCCGCUUCCUACGCAAGCUUACGAACACAAAGUGUAACAUCCCUUAUUAG